AUGUAUGCAUCAAAUGAAGACGAAUUCAAUUCUCAAGAUGGCGAUUGGAUUUUUUUAAAGGAAACACCACCAGAAACUACUAUUCUUGAUGGAGCUGUCAAUCUUACUGAUUUCGUUCAAUCAAGUUCUUCAUCGAAUAGUAGUAGUAGUAGUAGUAGUAGUAGUAGUAGCUCAUCAAAAUCUGACCGAAGUGGCUCUUUGUCAUCUCUUUCAUCGAUUGAACAUGAGUGUGUACAAAAUGAUAAUCAUAUUGAGGAGCAAGAGCAACAUUUAUUGAUCGAAGAUCCGGUGUUAAAUAGUCAGUACGAUGAUAAUACUUAUAAUGAUGAUCAUGACUUAUCCUUAACCGGUGAAAUUAAAGAAGAAGUUUUGCCAUCUGAAACAUUGAUUAUGCACAAUGAUGAAAAUGAGACAACACCGAUAAUCAAUGAAUAUGAUUUCUUUAAUGGUGGAUAUGAUUUAAGUAAUGACGCAGCACUAGUACCAAAUAAUCUUCAGCAAUCUACCAGUGCUUAUGUGCAACAAAUAGCAACAGCUGAACAACAAGCUUCAUUAAUGAGUGAAAAUCAACUGGUACCGUUAACAAUGCAUUACUAUCGUCCGAGAAGAAAUAAUGUAUUCGUUGUCUAUGGAUUUUUUAUUCUCGUUUUUGCUUUGCAAUUGAUUCUUGUUCGAGUGAUUUCGUCACAACGAUUAAUGAUUAAUAAACUGCAUGAAGAAUUGGACGACACUAAUCGACGUUUGGAUGAAAUACAAAUUGUUUCAACAGAAGAUAUCGAACAAAAAUUAACAAAACAGUUUGAUGAAAAGUUUCAAACACUAAUUAAGCAGAAAAUGAUUGAAUAUAAUCAUGAAAAAUAUGGUAUGGUUUUACAAAUCAAAGAGCUACAUCAAAUAAUAAAUUUUACACGAUACAAUUUAACAAAUACUAUUGAUCGAUUAUCCGAUAAAAAUGAACGGUUACAAAACAAACUCAUAACACUAGAACGUCGCAUGCAAAUAAAUGAAGAACACAGUUCAACAGAGAACGAAUCCUGCUCUGAAGGAGAUAGUUGCACGAAAUCAUCGGUAUCAUCAUUGGACGUAUUACUUAGUAAUUUCAUCAAACAGACCAGUGCAAUAGCAGAAAAUACAUCAACUAAUUUGUCUGAUUUCUUUCAAACUUUAAGUUCGUCACUUAGUGAUCUUGUCGAUCAGCGGCACGAAUUCGUUGAACAAAGUAAACAGAAACUUUCCGAUUUUUCUCGCUCACCAGCAGCUGAGCAAAUUCAAAUGAGUUUACGUCGUGGUAUGGAACAUUUUUCUUCAUCACUACGUAAAGCACAAACAACUUAUUCUGCAUGGCUCGGUUCACGUGCACAACAACGUGAAGAAGCUCGGAUGAGUAAUGACGAACAGGAACAAAAAACGGAACGACGUCCAUGGCGUUGGACAUUUCAACGUGGUUACGAUCGCGAACGCAUGCGUCAUCAAACGCCAAGUACAAAAGCACAUUCAUCAAAUACAAAAUAUGUUUGUCAUUCAGGAUAUGUUAGUCCGGUGGCCAAUUGUUUUCAAUGA